AUGGCUUCUCUCUCCCUUUCCGCUUAUCAAGAACAGGAGGAAAAAAAAGAUGUCCUCCAAAACUGCGAAGAAAUUAUCUCAACCCUCCCUAAAGACACAGGCUGGGGAACCGAGCAUUACUACCAAUAUGAAGGCUUUUGGUACCCCAAGAUUUUUCUUGAAGGUGUCAUUUGGGCACAAGCAAAUUUCAGGGCUAGAGACAAUGACAUUUUCUUGGCCACUUUUCCCAAGUGUGGUACAACAUGGGUGAAGGCUCUCAUGUUUGCCAUCCAAAAUCGAGAAAACUAUGAUUUUUCGUCACAUCCGUUGCUCACAAAAAGCCCUCAGGAUUGUGUGCCCUACAUAGAGUUACUUGCUCACCAAGAUAACCCAAUUGACUACUUUGACGCUAUGGCCUCACCUAGAUUCCUUGCGACUCACAUUCCACACAGGUCAUUGCCAAAGUCCAUUUUGAAUUCUGGUACUAAAAUUGUAUCCGUUGCUAGGAACCCAAAAGAUGUUCUUAUUUCUUAUUGGGUAUUUUCCCAAAAAAUAAGAUCAAAUAUAAACAAGCUAGCUCCUCUUCCCAUAGAAGAGGGGUUUGAGUUGUUCUGCAAAGGGGUUGCACUUUCUGGUCCAUUUUGGGAUAAUGUACUGGGUUAUUGGGAAGCAAGCUUGGAAAACCCAGAGAAGGUUCUGUUUUUGAAGUUUGAGGAUAUCAAGAUUGACACAGAAUGCUCUGUAAAGAGGCUGGCAGAGUUCAUGGGCCUUCCUUUUUCAUCAAAGGAAGAGCAAGAAGGUGCUGUGCGAGAAAUAAUAAAGUUGUGCAGUUUUGACAACUUGAGUAAUUUGGAGGUGAACAAAAGUGGGACAUUUGGUCUGGGGUCCAAAAUUGAUGGCGUUAGUAGAAAAUUCAGCAAUGAUAUCUUCUUCAGACGAGGGCAGACUGGAGACUCAAAGAACCACCUGACACCUGAGAUGCUCGACCGUCUUGACAAAAUUACAAAGCAAAAAUUGGGCGCUUCUGGUGACGCCCCUACUGAAGGCAACAAUGUGGGAACAGAAUGUGUAAUGGACUAUAGUGAUCAAUUCACAACUUAUUCGAUAUUUAAUGGUAGAGAUGCAUUACUUCGAUGGGCUCGUGAACAAGGAAAAUUGAAUAAUAUUGUCAUUGUAAUUAAAAGGUCUGAUUAUGGAGGUGAGGGCAAGAGGAGACCUCGUGUAAUACUUGCUUGUGAGAGGAACGGUAACUAUAAGUCUUGCAAGUCUAGUGAGACAACUGAUAUAAGAUCGGAUGCAAAUAGUGAUAUGAAAAAAUGUGCUAGAGACACUGGUACCAAGAAAUGUGGAUGCCCAUUCUUGUUAAAAGGUGUCAAUAUUGGUGAUGGGGAUGAUUGGAAGUUGGAGGUGGUUUGUGGAGUACACAACCAUCCUAUUUCAGAGUAUCUUCAAGGUCAUGCACAUGAAAUUGCGGAGUAUAGAGAGCGUGGUGUACCAAUACCACUUGAUGUCGAAACAGUAAUCAUGGCACAACUUCACCAGGAAGGUCACAACUACAAAGAUUCAAUAUGUGGUAUGAACAACAAGAUGGUGAGAAGAAGAAACAAGUCCACAUGA